AUGUUGCCACCGCUGCUGCCCCUCUUCUCCCCGUCCCCAAAGGCCCCGCCUCCGCCGCCAUGGCUCCACGGGUCCUCCACCCAAAGCCGCGACUCCGCACCCCCGGUGCCUCCACCCCCUGCGGAGGCAACUCCUCCCAAGCCCCGCACCGACAGCCCCAAACCGGCACCGGCAAGGAAAAACACCAAAACAACAGCCAAGCCCCUCACUGCCGGAGUCCCCGGGGGCCGCACCCACCGAGCGGUCCUCGGCAUCAUCCGGCGCGUCCGCUCCCUCGAGGUCUCCGAUGCUCCGAGCCCGAGUUCCGUCCACGCCAGCAAUGCCGGUGCCACCGCCACCGCGUUCCACCUUCCAAUCGAGCCGUCCCCGCCGCGGGAACCAGGCCAAGAAGUGGUGGAGAAGGCGAAGCCGCGGGCGGUUCCGUGGGCGGCUGCUAGGGACGAGGACCUCAAGGUCGCCCUGCGGCGGGAGAAGAAGCCGCGGGAGCCGACGCGCGCCGAGACCGAGCUGGAGACCGACGAGCUGGACCGCCUGCGGCGGUUGGCGCGAGGGAUGGGCAGGUGGGCGCGGGCCAAGAAGGCCGGGAUCACCGACGAGGUGGUCGAGGAGAUGCGAAGGGAAUGGGCCAGUGGCGAGGAGCUCGCCGCCGUGCGCAUCGUCGAGCCACUCCGCCGGUCCAUGGACCGCGCCAGGGAGAUUCUUGAGAUAAAAACAGGAGGCUUAGUUGUCUGGACAAAAGGAGACAUACAUUUUGUGUGCAGAGGAAGUAAAUAUCAGCAAAAUGCAAAGCAUAGCCACACUUUUCUAACUAAUAAUGUUCAUAAAGGCUCUCUAGUAAGACAUAAUGUUCCUACAACCCUACUUAAAAAUGGGAACAAAGGUCCAGCAUUAACAAACGGUUAUGGUGAAGCAGAUGAUGCUUUUCAAGAAAAUGAUCAAGGCAUUUGUGACCAGAAGGAUGAAGGACCUGUCAAGGGAACACUAUAUGAGAGAGAGGUCAAUAGACUAUUGGACACUUUGGGCCCUCGUUUUGUUGAUUGGUGGUGGGACACACCAUUGCCUGUGGAUGCUGAUCUCCUCCCAGAGUUUGUUCCAGGCUUUCAGACUCCAUUUAGGCAGUGCCCUCCUGGUGUGAGACCAACACUAGCUGAUGAGGAGCUGACAUACUUGCGCAAGCUUGCACGUCCUUUGCCAACACAUUUUGCCCUUGGUAGAAAUACAAGAUUGCAGGGUUUGGCUGCUGCUAUACUGAAGCUUUGGGAGAAAAGCCUUAUAGCAAAAAUUGCAGUGAAACAUCUUACAGGAGGCACUGUGAUAUUGAGAAACAAGGAUUUUAUUAUUCUAUAUAGAGGCAAGGAUUUUCUUCCUGGUGGAGUUGCUCAAACUGUUAUUCAACGAGAAGCUCAGGUACAUGAUGAACAGGUGAAGGAAGAGGAAGCUCGACUGAAAGCAGUUGACUCACUUCAGAUGGUUGAUGAAUUAUCAUCUGAAGAAAGUUCUGUAGGAACUUUCAGGGAGUAUCAGGAUUUCCAUGCUGACUUUGUGCAUGAAAAUACUGAAAACUCUAACACCAUGAUUGAACUAGAGGCCGAGAAGUAUAGAUUGGAAAAGGAACUGAAAGACCAUGAAUGGAAGCUUUGCAUUCUCAACAGGAAGAUCGAAAGAUCUAACCAGGCACUGGCAAAGCUUCACAGUUCUUGGAGCCCUUCAGAGCAGUCUGCUGAUAGAGAACUCUUGACAGAAGAGGAAAAGAUAAUGUUCCGCCGGAUUGGCCGCAAAAUGGAUGGGCUUGUUCUCCUAGGAAGGCGUGGUAUGUUUGAUGGUGUAAUUGAAGAGAUUCAUCAGCACUGGAAACAUAAAGAGGUUGUGAAAGUAAUUACAAAGCAGAAUCAAGUCCGACAGAUCAUGUACACAGCGAAUCUACUUGAGGUUGAGACAGGUGGAAUAUUAAUAUCAGUAGAAAAGCUCACAACCAGCCAUGCCAUAAUACUUUACCGUGGAAAAAACUAUCGCCGCCCAGCAAAAUCAUCAUUUAGUAAUCUGCUAACGAAAAGAGAAGCACUCCGAAGAUCAAUUGAGGUCCAACGACGAGGGUCAAUGAAAUACUUUGUUCGGGAGAGACAGAAGUCCAUUUUAGAAUUGAAAAGAAGACUGAGAUAUGUGACAAGGCAAAUCAAGUAUGGAACCCCAUGA